CCCCAAUAAUAAUUUACCUACCAGGGAUACGUUGUUACGUGUAGUACCGCAAUUACAGAAGUGAAUUUAUUUACUGUCGUAUCCCUUGACUUAAUCAACGGCUGGAGAUUUUCAUUUUUAUUUUAAUUCCUGGUUAAGCGUUUCGGCACUAGCGGAUAUGUGUUCGUUAUCUUAAAUCUCCAGUAAUUUUGAAGAGUGAUUUUGCAAAUUGAUUUAAGUCUUGUAACUUUGAAUAGGGAUUUUGGUACCUGAAUCAGAUUUUAUAGCGUUGAAGAGUUUUUUGCAGAUUGAAUUAGAUCCAAUUAGUUUGAAAAGUGUUUUUGCAAAUAAUUGUUUUAUACCCGGUUACUUUGAAGAGUGACUUCGCAACUUGAUUUGCAGGUACCGUAACUUUGAAGAGCAUUUUGCAACUGGAAUGAGACCCAGCAACUUUGAAGAGUGAUUUUGAAACUUGAUACAGAGCUUAUCUGAUUCAAUAUCCUUAUUCUCGUCAUCCUGAUAAAGCGAAAGGAAGCAUGUCAGCAGAAUAAGUUUUGCAGAAAGAGUUUGUCAGGAUCUGCUAAGAGAAAAGUUUCCGACGCCAUGCACAUAACGUCCUCAGGAGAUUCUUCUGUCAUCUGAGAUAGUUUGAUCUUUUGGAGGGCUCAGCGGUACGAAUGAACUUCUUAACAAGAGUUGAAAUUUCGAAAAACAAAGACAUCGAUCUACAACAGUUUCUAGGAUUCUAGGUUUUCGUUUCUACGAUUAUGCCCCGAAAAUGGAGACUUCUAAUCUUCCCUCUCCUGUGUUUUGGAGGCUUUGCCCUGAUCAAAAGUGCUCGCGAUACAAACAGAAUCGUAACAAGCUUCGUAAACUCCGUCACAAGAAAAUACGUCACAGCAGCAAGAGAGAGCGAGAGUGACAACAACGGCACUUAUCAUUAUGACGUCAACCAAAACGCGAGCAACUACUCACCUGGGGAGGUGGUUCUUCUUCCCGAGACUAGUCAAGAACCUGGAGAUGCUCAGGCGGAGAACCAUCCGGGAGAUACUCACAACGGGACCGAGAAGCUCCAAAAUCAUUCUUGGGAAGUUCAUAAAACGGGUACAAAUGGGUCUUUGGGCCGAGGGAGAGCUAAGCCCGCCUCGAUACUCAAGCCCAAAGCCAUCUUGCUGCUCAGUUCAGUCGGCAGGAGCGGCUCGAGCUUCCUAGGGGAGCUUCUCGCGUCCCAGGGAGGCAACAUUUACUUGUACGAACCGGUGCGUGCUUUACCGAGAGCCGUUCAGGAAAAACAGACGAUUUUAAAUGCUUUGAAGAGAAACUUCAACUGCCAGAUUCCUCCUAACUUCUUGAAUAUCGGCAAAUCGCCGUACGUUUCGGUAAAGCACCCCUACGUCCUCAACAAGGGAAAAGGUUCCCUCAGCGUCGACGAAGUUCGAUCCGUUUGUUUACAAGAGCCGUUGAGAAUCAUCAAGACGAUUCGGACGCGGCUCCAAUGGACCAAAGAGCUUCUAGAAGAUGAGAGUCUGGAUAUGAAGGUCAUCCAUUUGGUCAGAGACCCUCGAGGAAGUCUGACAUCCAUGGAUGAACUGGAGUGGAAUGUCACGACACAAGAUAUUUGCCACAGAAUUGAAGAUGAUUUACAACAACGCGCAGAGAUGGAGCGGCUCUACCCAGACAGAUAUCAUUUCAUCAAGUACGAAGACUUCUGCCUGGACUCUUUCGAAAAGACGCAAGAACUCUUCAGAUUCCUCAAAGGCAAGGGGACGAAACCUGCCCAGGGCACCAAAACCAGAGGUAAAAAUGACCUCCCUUCGCCCAAACCGGCUACUGCGACUCGGGACUCGUAUCCGGACAUUCCUUCGAGCGUCUUCGAAUACCUGAAGUCCCACAUCCACGUCGACUUCUUCAGCAGGAGGUCGCCCUGGGCCACCAAGAGAGACACCUCUUCUCACUACCAGAAGUGGAGAUAUAGGAUCACACGGAGGGAGCUUUCGGAGGUCGAGUUUUACUGUCGUGACGUCAUCGAAACGUUGGGUCACAGGUUGUUUCAGUCGCAAGGAGUUGCGAGGAAUAUGUCGGUGCCUCUGUUUGUAUGAUUAUGAUUAUUAUUUUUUCUUAGGGGGGGUUGGCUGGGGGGGGAAGGGGUCUAACAGCUCGCUCCACCUCGUUCAAACGAGUGUAGAGAAUGCCAUGCUGAUGUGAUAUUUCAAGAGCUCUCUUUUGAAUUCUUUGGCCUUGAAUUAUGUAAAGGCAGUGUACUUUUAGCUCUCUCUCUCUCUCCUUUGUAUUUUAGUUAGCAGGUGUCCUGUUAUCUCUUAAAAAACCUCUGGGUCCAUUAACACUAUCAGGUAUAAAACACUGAUUUUCAGGCAUCUACUUCUUUUAUAUAUAUAAUCUCGGUAAAAUGUUUUUGUACAUAUAGAAAUACUUUUAAAAAUGCCAUGUAUAAUGUCCAUAUGUAUAGAGGUACACUCAAAGCCUCUUGUAUUAUAUGUAUACAGAUGCACGUACAGAAGUUUUAUGAAUAAAUUAUGUAUUUAUGUAUAUCUAUGAAUGUUUGCUGAGGGGUGUCCAUGUUUUUUACCGAGUGAGAAAGGUUCUCGUGGAAUAAGUCAUUCCGAAUAUACGUGACUCAUAC